AAAACAUUAAGUUAAAUUCUUGAACAAGCAAAUUACUCAAGGAGGGAAGGGAGUGGGGAGCUGCUCCAGGCACUGACUGCCCUCUGACAAGCCAGUUCUCCUCUAGGUAGGUGGGCACAGACUGAGAGGAGUUAUAGAACUUGCCCAAAGGUGCAAAGUUAUCAAGCAUCAGAGGACAAACACAAUCCAAGUUAUCUGUCCAGAGCCUGCACUGAUAGUACUUCCUUUGGGGGCUGUAACAGUUCAUGGGUUGGAAAACUAGCCUGAAAUAGUACUGAAAGGAGGUUUUGGACAAUGAAAGGAAAUCCACCACUGACAACCUACAGUUACCUGGUUCAAAAUUAAAAUGGGCUCAUGAAGGAUUUUAGUUUAUAAAAACACAUCAUAUGUUAUUCAAGAGAAGGUGACCCAUUCCCCAACCUUAAAGAAGACUCUCAUAAAAGCUCCAAGAUCAGAACACCAGAAUGGAGGAGUCACUUGGCAUUUCUUAGACUCAUGACUGAAAUGUGUCAACCAUUUCCAUGCCUAUGAGCACCAGGAGCUUGGGGAAUGCGGGAAGCGGAGAGGCCUUUAAGUUGACAGACAAACCAGACACUGACCACAGACACAUACAAAAAUAAAAGUGUAUUUAGAUGUGGGAGUGCUAUUAGGUGUCACUAAAUUCAGAGUGAGGCUUUCUGAUAAUAAGGAAAUAUACCAACAGCAGGUGACGAGGGUACCCAGAAAGGACUGCGUACUCUCCCUGUCUGGGGAAUUAACUCUUGGUGGGAGAGGAAGCUGCUUUUCCAGUCUUCCUUGCAGCAGGGCACUGUGUAUCACCACAGCUCAGGCACACUCACUCAUCUGAGACUGGAAUUCUAGUGACCCAAAAGUGGGCUGUGAGGCUCAUUCUCUAAGUGCAGACAGCUGCGUCAAGUGGCUGGGGCAGGGGAUGAGUGGGUGCUAAUGACAGUGUCCAGCACCAAGUACCUGCAGGUGGCGGUGCAGUCAGACCACUUUCACAAUGUGACCUAGGCGUUCCUCCAGGAGCCAUCUCAAAUCCUGUCAACAAGUCUCCUUUUGCUGAAUCAGUCUGAGUCAGUUCCUGUGCUUAUAAAGAACCACCCGACUGGUGGUACCUUGGGAGGUGCGAGGGGGUAACGGAACCAGAACAGGAGUGGUGGGGUAGCAAGCACACAUCUUUGCCUGUCAACACCUUAAGAAAGGGUCUUUGAAUUCAAGAUGGGCACAAGUGGUUGACAGCAGACCGUGUGUUUCUUCACCCUACUAGGAUCACUAGUUUUUCUCUCAGCUGUAGGGGAAGACACAGCCUCCUGCUGCUGCUUUAGGUCUAGCAGGUACUGGCUCUGAGCGGAGCACUCAGAGGGCCACAGCAGAAACCAGUGUCCGAGAUUUCAAGCACUGUCUGCAAAAUCAUACUCCUUCCUGGGAAUAUGUGCUAUGUGUAAAACAAACCUUCACAGAGAACAUCAAACAUCUAUGAGGAUUUGCAAAGUCCAUAAAAACAAAACAAACAAAACAACCCAUGUUUAGAAGCCACCAGGUCAUGACAAAUUAUAGAUUCUCUUGGUUGAAAUCUCAACUUUAAAUGGUGAAACUGGGUGACAGACCAUUUUUACACAAUUUCAAAAACUUCCUGCUUAUGCUUCCUUAAUAGGAGUUCCUCUCUUUGGCUCUUCCUUUCUAAAUAAAGAAAGUAGAAAAAAGAUAGCACUUUCUUCAAACACAUCUCCAACACACAGAGAAAUGAGGUCUGCAAGCAGAGGCAAGGUCAGGCCUGGACUGGAAGUCAGCCUCAUUCUGCUGUGUGUCGGUGCUGUGGGUACCUGCACUGUCUCCGUGAAGCAGCCAGGUUACCUAACGGUGGAUUACGCUUCUGAGGCUAUCACCAUACAGUGUACCUUCUCCACAACUGGAUGCCCUUCAGAGCAACCAGCAAGCCUGUGGUUUCGCUAUGGCCUGAACCAGUCUGAGAGACUGUGCUUGGACGGAUGCAGAAAUAAGGCAGACAAAUUCACAGUUACAGAAAAACCGGGCCAGAACCAAGUCUCUCUCACUGUCAACAGAGUGUCUUCAAAUGACAGUGCAAUUUACAUCUGUGGAAUUGCAUUUCCCAGUGCGCUGACACCAAAGGCUAAGCAAACUGGAAAAGGAACCAUGUUGGUGGUAAGAGAAAGUAAAGGUCUCAGCGAGGAGCUGCACAGCCUCCUGAUAGUGCUCUUAGCCCUGCUCUCCAUCUACAUCACCGGGGUGUGCGUGAUCUUCAUAGUCCUCUCCAGAUCAAAAUCCAACUGUCUAAGAAACAGAGAAAUCAAAGAAGACUCAAAAAAGAAGAUGAGUGUUCGGCGCAUUUUUCAGGAAAUUGCUCAAGAAUUAUAUCAUAAGAGAUAUAUGGAAGCAAGUCAACAACCUGAGAAAGACAACACUUAUGAAAACAGAAGAGGACUUUCCAACUAUGAAAGACCAUAGAUACAUGUACCUUUGUGCUAAGUUGCUGAAAAUCUAAACAUCCACGACAGUAUAAAUGGACAUAAACCAAUCAGGUCUUUAAAUUUUAAAAAAGCCCACCAGUGGGGGCUGGGGAUGUAGCUCAGUUGGCAAAGUGCUUGCCUAGCAUGUAGGAAAAGUCCUGGUUUCAUUCCCAGUAUUACAUAAACUUGGCAGAGUGACACAGGCCUGCAAUCCCAACAUUAGAAGGUGGAAGCAGGAGUAUCCAAAAUUCAGGGUCAUUCCUUGACUACAUAGUAAAUUUGAAGCCAGCCUAGGAUGAAACCCUA